AUGAAUUCUUUGUCAUCAUCAGGAAAAGCAACAAUUCAAACUGUAACGACAAUGGUAAAAAAGACGAAUAAAUUUAUAAAUAAUCUGGAUAGUGUCGUGGAUGAUAGUAUUCGUGGGUUAAUUCUUUCCCAUGAUAAUUUGGCAACUUUAGAUUGUUGUCAUCGUGUUAUCCUUCGGGCUGAUAUUGAUAAGCUGAAAGGAGGAAAACAAGUUACGCUACUUGCUGGUGGAGGUUCUGGGCAUGAACCAUUUGCGGCAGGUUUCGUUGGAAAAGGCAUACUGUCGGCUGCGGUUUGUGGAAAUAUUUUUGCAUCGCCACCCACAUCGCAUAUAAUGGCUGGCUUAAACGCUAUUCGCAAUAGUUCUGGAACAGGAGUAUUUGUUAUCAAUUAUACGGGAGAUCGACUUAAUUUUGGUCUAGCUGUGGAACGAUUCAAUGCAAGUCGGGAAAAAGAGGAUGGUGAAGCGGAGAUGGUGAUGAUUAGUGAUGACGUAGCCCUGGAAGGUAAUCUUGCUGGACGAAAUGUUGGACGUCGUGGUUUGGCAGGUGCUGUAUUGUUAUUAAAAAUUGCUGGUGCAAUGGCUGAAGAAGGCAAAGAUUUGAAAACGAUAACGGCAACAUCUAGAACUAUAAAUGAUAAUUUAGGUACUAUUGGCGUAAGUCUUUCUGCAUGUAGUUUACCUGGGAAAGGCCCAAUGUUUGAACUGGAAGCUGAUAGGAUGGAAUUUGGUCUUGGUAUUCAUGGUGAACCUGGUUUUGAAAGGAGUCAAUACAGGACGGCAAAUGAAGUGGCAAAAUUGCUACUGGAAAAACUUGAAAGCAGUCAGAAAUUGAAUCUUCAAAAAGGCGAAAAACUGGUUGUUUUGUUAAACAAUCUUGGUGGAACAUCACAGAUUGAACUCAACAUUCUAUCUGGAGAAAUCUAUUCAUGGUUAUGUGAAAAAGGUUAUUGUGUUCAACGUUUCUAUGUGGAAAGCGUAAUGACGUCGUUAAAUGGUCAUGGCAUCAGUAUUACGAUUUUACGAUUGGUAUCAGACGAUUGGUUACAAUAUUUGGAUGCGGUAACAGAAGCACCCGCAUGGAAAAUGACACAUUUGCCUCCCAAGCUUUCAUCCAGUGCAAACAAGAUCACAUCAGCGGGAAGUAAACUGGGAAUUGGUAAACAUGUUGGAGCGACACUUUCGAAAGAAGAUACAAAACGUCUAAAAACAGCUAUAAAGAAAGCCUGUAUUGCAAUUCAUGAUUCUGUGGACGUAUUGAAUGGUUUAGAUGGUAGUGCAGGAGAUGGUGAUUGUGGAAGUACUCUUAAAAUUGGUGCUGAUAAAAUUCUGGAAUGCUUAAAUGAAGGAAAGCUUAGAUGUGACACGCCACAAUCGUUAUUUAGCGAAAUUUCACAAAUAUUUGAAGAUGAUGUUGGUGGUACAGCUGGAGCUUUGUAUGCAUUGAUGUUCAACUCAGCAGCUCAGGCAUUCAUCAAAUCGGCAACUGCAAAAGAGUGGCAUAUAGCGUUGGAAAGUGGUCUAGAGGCUAUUAUGAAAUAUGGGCAAGCUAAACCAGGUUCUAGAUCCAUGGUAGAUCCUCUAUAUGCCGCACUAAAAGCAAUAUCAUGUGACAGUCCAGAAAAGGCACACUGGGAAAAUGCUGUAAAGCAAGCUGAAGAAAGUGCAAAAGCAACCAGUGGUAUGGUUGCACAAGUUGGACGUGCCAGUUACACUUCUGCGUUGGUACAAAAAGAACCAGAUGCCGGUGCAGUUGCUGUUUCUAUAUGGUUGCGAGCAGUUUAUGAAGCUGUUUAUUCGUAA